AUGUCUAGUCCUGAUAAAAUUAACGAGUUUUUAACAAGCACGGAUCCAAUUAAUCAUGAUGAAGUUAAAUCUCAUCAUGAUGUAUUGAGUAGAAAAUCUUCACAUAAAUCAAAACAUACAACCCAUCAUAAUGAUGAUGGAUUUGAUUAUGAAACUCAAGAAUAUAGAGGUAAUAACAAUAACAAUAACAAUAAUAUUUAUAAUAAUAAUAAUAAUAAUAUUCGUCCUACAACAUCAUAUAUCCCUCAAUACGCUUUAGAUGGAUCUUUCCCAAUUCAAGAAGUUGUACCAAAUACACAAAUGGCUAUAGCUACUGGGUCUGAUCCUAAAUUAUCUGGUGGUACAAGUCUUAGACCUAGAGGAGCUACAACAGUAUCAGCAAAUAUUUUACAUCUUGGUGAUGUUAACUCAUUUCAUGCAGGAAUAAAUUCUAAUAAAAGUAAUUUUGAUAAUGGACCAAGUAGUCCACAGCAAGGUAGAAGUAAUACAAAUUUUAGUAAUAAUAAUAAUAGUAAUUAUAAUAAUGGUUCUCAUAUGAAUAACAAUACUAACAAUAAUUACACAUCGGGUGAUGAAAUACAAGGAGAUAUUAAUGACGAAGAUGAUGAACCAAUGAAUGUACCUAUGAUGGUUAAACCAAAGACAUUAUAUCAAAAUCCACAAACUCCAACUGUUUUACCUUCAACAUAUCAUCCUAUCAAUAGAUGGUCUUCGGUUAAACAUUCUUUCUUGAAAGAAUUUUUAGCUGAAUUUAUUGGUACUUUAGUUUUGAUUUUAUUAGGUUGUGCCACAUGUUGUCAAGUUAAUCUUGGUGCAAAGAUACAAGAAAAUGCAUUUACUGCGGCAAUGGAUGAUAUUAACAAUCUUUCAGAUCAAGAUGAAUCCGUUAAAAAAAUGGUUCUAGCAUUACAAGAUAUUAUUACCAAUACUGCAUCUGGUACAUUUGAUCAACUCCCAUUAGGUUGGGCUUCUGCGGUUGUCAUGGGUUAUUUCGUUGCUGGUGGUUCUGCCAUUUCAGGUGCACAUUUGAAUCCAGCAAUUACAGUUGCUAAUUUUGUAUUUAGAGGAUUUCCUGCCAAAAAAGUUCCACUUUAUUUAGCAGGUCAAUUUAUUGGUGCCUUUUGCGGAGCUUUAAUCUGUUUCAUUCUUUAUAAAAAAGUUAUUAUAGAGGCAUUUGAUGAAUGGUGGCAUGCUGAAGCUAUGGGUGCAAUGUUUUAUACAAAUCCAAAACCUUAUUUGUCAAGUUCUCGUCAAUUUACAUCCGAAUUUAUUACCACUGCUGUAUUCCAAGCAUGUGUCUUCGCAUUAACAGAUCCAUAUACAUGUCUUUCAUCUGAAGUUUAUCCACUAAUGUUAUUCAUUUUAAUUUACAUUUUAAAUACAGCAAUGUCAUAUCAAACAGCUUGUGCUAUUAAUGCAGCUCGUGAUUUAGGUCCAAGAUUAGCUUUAUACGCAGUUGGAUUUAAUAGAGGUUUGUUAUGGGAUAAAUAUGCUCAUUAUUUCUGGGUUCCAUUAGUUGCACCAUUCAUUGGUUCUUUAUGUGGUGCUCUGAUAUAUGAUGUUUGUAUUUAUCAAGGUCAUGAAUCUCCAGUUAAUUGGCCACUAGCUGUUUACAAAGAUAUGUUAAUGAAAGCUUGGUUCAGAAGACCUGGUUGGAAGAGAAGAAAUAGAGGCAGAGCAACAUCUGAUUUGAGUGAUUUCUCCUUCGAUAAUGAUGAAGAUAUGGAUGGUAACAUGAUCGAUAAAGCAUUAAGCUCUGAAGAUGGUGUCGACGGCGGUAUUUUGAAACCAACAAAGUCUAGAGGUAAGACAAAUAUUAAGGGUGCUUACGGUUCAAACGAUGAAGAUGAUACGGAUGUACAAAGAUCAGUAUCCUUUAAACCAAUGCAAAGAGGUAGAAGAGGUAUUAACGGUAUUCCAACCAUCCUUGAGGAAGAAAACUCUAUUGAAACAACAUCAAUCGUUGGUGAUUCUGGGUCGGAUUCCAUAUUAUUUUCAUCUGAUGCAUCAUCCUCAUUACCUAACUUCACAUCUACUGACGAGAAGAGAGAGCAUUAA